UCGUUCCAGGAGGACGAGAGGUUUGCUAUGGAGCCCUUCUGCCCACUUCUGCUGGCCAGUUUUAGCUUCCUGCUUGCCAAGGCACUCAGGGUCAACCAGACCAGCACUGCAGACAGCAACUGGACCUCCACGACCUCAGGCCCUCCGGAUGCUGGCGCGCCCCAGCCCCUGCUGGCCUGGCUGCUGCUGCCGCUGCUGCUGUCCGUCCUCUUCCUGCUGCUUGCCGCCUACUUCUGCAGGUUCAGGAAGCAGAGGAAGGCUGCGGUCAGCGCGGACAAGAAGAUGCCCAACGGGAUCCUGGAGGAACAAGAGCAGCAAAGAGUGAUGCUUCUCAGCAGGUCCCCCUCUGGACCCAAGAAGUACUUUCCCAUCCCCGUGGGUCACCUGGAGGAGGAGAUCCGUGUCCGGUCGGCGGAUGACUGCAAGAGGUUCCGGGAGGAGUUCAAUUCAUUGCCAUCUGGACACAUACAAGGAACUUUCGAACAGGCCAAUAAAGAAGAAAACCGAGAGAAAAACAGAUAUCCCAACAUCCUUCCCAAUGAUCAUUCCAGGGUAAGCCUGAGCCCGGUGGAUGGAACCCCCUGUUCAGACUACAUUAAUGCUUCAUACAUAGAUGGUUACAAGGAGAAGAAUAAAUUCAUAGCGGCUCAAGGCCCUAAACAUGAAACAGUCAAUGACUUCUGGAGAAUGAUCUGGGAACAGAAGUCUGCAACCAUCGUCAUGUUGACGAACCUGAAAGAAAGAAAAGAGGAGAAGUGCUACCAGUACUGGCCGGACCAGGGCUGCUGGACCUACGGGAACAUCCGGGUGUGCGUGGAGGACUGUGUGGUCCUCGUGGACUACACCAUCCGGAAGUUCUGCAUCCAGUCGCAGCUCCCUGAGGGCUGCAAAGCCCCGCGGCUCGUCUCCCAGCUGCACUUCACCAGCUGGCCUGACUUCGGAGUGCCUUUCACCCCCAUCGGGAUGCUCAAGUUCCUGAAAAAAGUGAAGACGCUCAACCCCACCCACGCCGGGCCCAUAGUGGUCCACUGUAGUGCGGGCGUGGGCCGGACGGGCACCUUCAUCGUCAUCGAUGCCAUGAUGGACAUGAUGCACGCGGAGCAGAAGGUGGACGUCUUCGAGUUCGUGUCGAGAAUCCGCGGUCAGCGUCCUCAGAUGGUUCAGACAGAUAUGCAGUACACAUUCAUUUAUCAAGCCUUACUGGAGUUCUACCUCUACGGGGACACCGAGCUGGACGUGUGCUCCCUGGAAAAGCACCUGCAGACGCUGCAGAGCACCACCGCCCACCUGGACAAGAUCGGGCUGGAGAGGGAGUUCAGGAAACUGACGAAUGUCCGGAUCAUGAAGGAGAACAUGAGGACGGGCAACUUGCCGGCGAACAUGAAGAAGGCCAGGGUCAUUCAGAUCAUCCCGUAUGACUUCAAUCGUGUGAUCCUUUCCAUGAAAAGGGGGCAAGAAUACACAGACUACAUCAACGCCUCCUUUAUCGAUGGCUACCGGCAGAAGGACUAUUUCAUCGCCACACAGGGGCCCCUGGCACACACAGUGGAGGACUUCUGGAGAAUGGUCUGGGAGUGGAAGUGCCACACGAUCGUGAUGCUGACGGAGGUUCAGGAGAGAGAGCAGGAUAAAUGCUACCAGUAUUGGCCAACGGAGGGCUCGGUGACUCAUGGAGACAUAACGAUUGAAAUAAAGAGCGAUACCCUGUCUGAGGCCAUCAGUAUACGAGACUUCCUGGUCACUUCCAAUCAGCCCCUGGCCCACCAGGAGGAGCAGACCCGCGUGGUGCGCCAGUUCCACUUCCACGGCUGGCCGGAGGUCGGGACCCCGGCGGAGGGCAAAGGCAUGAUCGACCUCAUCGCGGCCGUGCAGAAGCAGCAACAGCAGACAGGCAAUCACCCCAUCACCGUGCACUGCAGCGCUGGAGCAGGCCGGACAGGUACCUUCAUAGCACUCAGCAACAUUCUGGAACGAGUCAAAGCAGAGGGGCUUUUAGACGUGUUCCAAGCUGUGAAGAGUUUACGACUUCAGAGGCCACACAUGGUGCAAACCGUGGAACAGUAUGAAUUCUGCUACAAAGUGCUGCCGCGCUGCCCUGCUGGGCGGAGCUAUGCUAGAGGCUCAGCCCCAGACCUCGCCCAUUGUAUGUAAACCUUCAGAUAACGCCAAAAACCAGCCCCACAGAAGCAAGGAGCACACGCCUGGUGGAAACAGCAGGACAACCACAGGCAAAGCUUUCCACCUUUCUGAGAAGCUUUUGGGUAUUUAAAAAUCUCUUGUAAAAGCUAAGAUUGUUUGUAAGAAAAGAAAUCUUAAAAUCUAGAUUUAUAGUUUUUUAAAAGUCCCACUCCGCAAUAUUUAAUUUUUAAAAAAGAAAGAAUUCCUUAAUCUAAAGGCUAACUUAUUUUUGAAUGGAAAUGCUACUGAGACCUCUGACACUGGGUAAUUAUGAUCCAGAUAAGAUUGGCUUAUAGGGUAAAAAAAAUGGUGGGGAGGGUUGAAGGUAGAAAAGUUUAAUUUAGUAACAGUUUAAUUUAGCCCAUUAGGUACCUAGCGGAUGAGCACAAUAUAAAAAAGAAGAUGUCUGAUCUAACACUGAAAGCGUUUUCCACGGGCUUUUUGGGUACAGUUUUUGCUUUUUAAGAGAGAUAGUAAGGCCUUAUUUGACAUUUCCACUGGUAACUGAUUGCACCCUCUUGUUACACUGUUUCUCCUGAGUUCAUUGGCAGUGAGCACAGAUGCACCCCCAGGGUUAGGCUAGGCUCUGAUGAAAGGCUCACAGGUAAGCAAGCUUCUACCGUACCCCUGAGCCCCAUGCAAGGGCCAGAGGAGGUGCCCUGCUGGAAGGACAAAAGCACAACUCUGUGACCGAGCCAUCGGAGCCAGCUGCGGUCCUGAACGCUGCUGAACGUGUCCCUCUCUCCUUGGUACAAUGAGUACACACUUGAGUAGAAGAGGAAAAUGGGGGGAGCUUUGCAAGACCUGCCAUUUGGCCCAUCUGCUUUCAUUGUUAAAAUCCCAAGCCCAAAGCCUUUCUUUGACUAAAGGAGAAGAGAAAGAACAGAGCUUUUGCUCAGCGCCAACCCUAGAAAUGGCUGGCUGGUUGUAAUGAAAGCAACUAGUCAUUUAUUUGAGGGGUCCAAGUUAAGGGGCAUGGAUUUGGGUCCAAAUUUAAGAGCCUUAAUCAGAAUCCUCAGGCCCUUCAACUGGCAUCUCGUGUAUGGAGAUGAGGCAGCCAUCUGAGUGCUCUGGAGAAAGUGCCCUAUUGGUGUGUUCUUUUGUCCCCUUGGCCAUCCCCCACCCUGUGUCCUCUGCAGGUGUCCUGGCACCUUCCAGUUUGGCCCUUCCAGUUCCAGAAACAAAGCAGAAGCCACUGUCCCUGGACACAGGUUCCCCUCCACAGGCGAGGACAGCGUUUGCCUUUCUUGGUGGCCCUGUUUGCAGCCUGAUGGCCUCU